AUGAAGAAGAAGACCCUUAUUCUCAAUCUCAAGUCAUCUUCAAAGCAAGCGACGUCUCGCAAACUGAACGAUUUGGAUACACGAGAAUUGCCGUACAGAGGUAUAUUUCCAUAUCCUGACUGCACCAUCAACGAUACUGAUCCUACCAAAGAGGAUCGAGAACUUUUUGAAAAGUUGGCUGAAGAAGGCAAUGCUCUUCGUUUAAAAGAUACAAACCAGUUGACCCAGCAAAAGGAUGAAACUCCAACCAUUAACGAUAGAAGUGUAGAAUCAACUCCUACGCCUGCCUCAAUGCCCAAUUUGCUCAAGUCUCAAAUCGAGAAAAUUGUUUUCCGCAACUACGAAAUCAACACCUGGUACACAGCUCCAUACCCAGAAGAAUACUCUCAAUCCAAAGUAUUAUUCAUCUGUGAGCAUUGCUUAAAGUAUAUGAACUCACCCAUGUCCUACAAGAGACACCAGCUCAAGAACUGUAACUUUUCAAAUAACCAUCCUCCAGGAGUAGAAAUAUAUCGUGAUUUGGCUACACGGAUCCUGAUCUGGGAAGUAGAUGGCCGCAAGAAUAUUAACUAUUGCCAAAACUUAUGUCUUCUUGCAAAGCUAUUUCUCAAUUCAAAAACUUUGUAUUACGAUGUGGAGCCAUUCAUAUUUUACAUAUUGACAGAAAUUGACGAAUUCAACCUCUCAAAAUACCAUUUUGUCGGAUACUUUUCCAAAGAGAAGUUAAAUAAUUCCGACUACAACGUCUCCUGUAUUCUCACGUUGCCUAUUUAUCAGAGAAAAGGUUAUGGUAACCUAUUGAUCGAUUUCUCGUAUUUGUUGAGCAGACAAGAAUUCAAGUAUGGUACACCAGAAAAGCCAUUGAGUGAUUUAGGUUUACUCAGUUAUAGAAACUACUGGAGAGUAACCAUCGCCUAUAAACUUAGAGAACUCUACACAGCAUUUGGGUCAGAAGAAGAAUCCACAACUCCUUCCUCCAUCAUUUCCCACACAACAAUAUCAGUAGAUAUACUUUGUAAACUAACUGGUAUGACUUCUUCAGAUGUGGUAGUUGGUUUAGAACAGUUAGAUGCAUUGAUCAAAAACCCGUCCACCAACACAUAUGCAAUUGUUCUUAACUUGAAGAAAAUAAACUAUGAAAUCGCCAGAUGGGAGAAGAAAAACUAUACUAAACUCAAUUACUCCAAGCUUCUUUGGAAGCCAAUGCUUUUCGGGCCCUCUGGGGGGAUUAAUUCAGCACCAGCGUUUGUAGCUCCUCUUGCUGCUGGUCACAAUAGUGUCUCUCUGAUAGUUGGUUUCUUGAAAGAUGACAUCAAUAACCCAUAUUCAUAUGAAGAAGAAGCAUAUAAGGAGAUAGAAAUGAGAAGAGAAGUUAGUCUUCUGAAAUCGGACGACAAUGACAACGCAGAUGAUCAAGAAGAUCCCGACGAAGAUUUAGAUAACUAUUUGAUAUGUUAUCCAGGAAUACAGUACAGCACCAAGAAGAAACCAAUAAAGCUGUCUACUGAGAUCAAGCAAGUUUCUUUUGUAGACCUCAACAAUCUACUGGACGAGUUCCCUGAAAUAUUCGAAGAUGACGAACCUGCCAGUAGCUCCAGUGAGUCGGAAGACUAUGUGGAAGCAUCAGAAGUGGAAGAUGUUGACGAAGAAGAAGAGGAG